AUGAGUAGUAGCCGUGAGAAGAAAAGAAGUAUAAGGUGUGCUGCUCGUGAAAUCGUUAAAGGAAUUCCAAAUUCUCAAGAGGACGGGGUACUUGAUUUGCCUUCAGUCUCGACGACACCUGCUUAUGAAUGUUUUGCUGAACGAAUUUCAGAGUCGAGCGCGAUAGCAAAAUUUGAAGAGGAUGCUCAAGUUGGUGAUAUUCUUAUAGUCAAAGUCAAACGAUGUGAUAUUGUGGGUGCAUAUGUGAAGCCUUUAUGUUUUGCCACACGAAUUAAACGUGAUUUGGAGUGGCUGGAUUUACAGUUGCUCACGCCUUUAUCAGCGCUUUCACGUCGCAUAUCUGUAGGUCAAUAUCUAGAGGCCCGAAUAUCAAGCGUAAAUCCAGUCAAAGUCGAGCUACUUGAAGCUCCACCGCUGUCGUCGAAUGAACUCCCAGACUAUUUCAGGAUUGGCCGGGAGUUGCCACGGCAUACUGAUUUACGGACCUAUAUUGAGGAUAGCAAAAUGAUGCGGAACACGUAUCUUGCGGAAACGCUUCGACUCCCUACAACAUCUUCGUACACGUUCCUGAAGCUAGACGGCGUGGAGAUGGAUCGAGCAGAGCCUGCAUCGGCUAUACGGAAACGACAGAAUGAGAUGCUUGCCGAUGAGUAUGUAGUACGAGGCGUGGAGCACAUGCGAUCAGGAAAUCGUGAAUCAGCCAUCGUUGUGCUUAAUCAAGCAUUGGAAAUCAAUCCGCAUUGUGUCGAAGCGCUGGUAGCCAGAGGUGCAGCAUAUUCGACAAAUGGACACUACGUUCUGGCUGAAGCCGACUUUGAUCAGGCGCUCUCUUUAAUGCCAACCCACUCGAAUGCUCGUAACUACAUGGUGGAGACACUCGUAAAGUAUGCAUCGCUGUUGGAAGUACAAGGUGAUUUGGAAAAUGCGAAAAGUAAGUUCGAGAAAGUUUUGCGAAUAAAGGAAGACCGACGAGCAAGGACGGCACUGGCAAAACUAGAUAGGAAGAGAAGAAGUCCAUCUGUAGAAAUCUUGGAAAAUGAACAGGAUAAGGCGAAGUCAAAGAGCGUAAAACGCGAUGUUGAAGAGGAGAGGAAAAAACGUCGACGUACGCUAGAAGCUGAACGAGAACGAAAACGUGAAAGUCAUGACAACCGGAAGAAAUUGCGGGAGAUGGAAGAAUUCAUAAAGGCGUUAAGAGAAAAGAAGUGA